UGAUAUGGUAACCAGAUGAAACCCAGAAUUAGGAAGUUGUGGACCAUGAUCAUAUGAAAAAAGUGUAGUAAAAGAUAAUGGGUAGAACAUGGGAGGUCUUUUUUUUAUCUGUUUUGCCUUUGCCCACAACAAUCUUAUUUCUUAUACCAUUACCAUUAGUCCAUUACCAAAUACCACCUUCUUUCAAUACCUCUCUUUGCCUGCAUUUCUAGUUAUCACUGCUUUUUUCUUUGCCUUAACCGUCUUCUCUGCAACAUCCCACUCACUCUCAAAAGCAAGUUAAGCAUGCUUCUUUAGAAUUUGGUCGGUUUUUUCGGCCAUUAUUAUAUUCUUCCACUAUCCAAAGUUUAUAUUAGCAAACAAAAAUUACCCACAUUUCUGUAUAGUAUGUGACUAUGUGUGUGUGUGUAUAUAUAUAUGUAGUAGUAGUAGUGUAAACGUGUAGUACCAUAUUGUUGCUCAGUCUUUCAGUUAUUCUGCAUCUUCUGUUCUUCUUAAAUUAUUCUUAAGUGUAUUAUGAUGAAUAAAUUUCAUGUCACAUUGCUAUUUUUACAUACUCUUUUGAUCAUCAAUGCUUGCCUUUUAUUUUCUGGCUGUUAUGCUAGACACCAUAAACACACGUUCAAAAGACACAAACAUGGACAUGAAUUUUCUCCCCCAACAUCGGGGAUUUCCUUGCCUCCUUCUCCUCAGCCUGACGACGAUCCUGCUGAUGCACCCGCCUAUUUGCCUACCGGGGUUUUUGAUGUUAGUAGUUUUGGUGCAGUAGGAGAUGGUGUCGUAGAUGAUACUGAGGCCUUUAAGGCUGCUUGGGAUGCAGCUUGUAGUAGUAAUAAUUCUGGCUCUUCUUCUGUACUACAUGCUCCUAGUGGCCAUACCUUCAUGAUUCAAUCUACCAUUUUCUCAGGGCCUUGUCAAAGUAAUAUCAUUUUUCAGAUUGAUGGGUCAGUCGUGCCACCGGAUGGGCCAGAAGAAUGGCCUAAGAACAUUAGUAAGCAUCAAUGGUUAGUAUUUUACAGAGUUGAGGGGAUGUCACUCCAAGGAGGAGGCCGCAUUGAUGGAAGGGGAGAAAAAUGGUGGGAGCUCCCCUGCAAGCCCCACAAGGGACCUAAUGGAACCACUCUGCCUGGUCCGUGUGAAAGUCCUAUCGCCAUUAGAUUCUUUCAGAGUUCCAACUUGACAGUUAAAGGACUUAGAAUCCAGAAUAGUCCUCAGUUUCACUUCAGAUUUGAUGUUUGCCACAACGUCCACAUAGAGUCAAUUCAUAUAACAGCCCCAGCAUUGAGUCCUAAUACUGAUGGCAUUCAUAUUGAAAACACCAACAACGUCCAAAUAUAUAAUUCUUUCAUUUUCAAUGGCGAUGAUUGUAUUUCAAUUGGCUCUGGUUGCUACGAUGUAGACAUUAGAAACAUGACGUGUGGACAUGGUCAUGGAAUAAGUAUUGGGAGCCUGGGAAAUCACAAUUCAAGGGCUUGUGUCCACAAUGUGACCGUGAGAGAUUCCCUGAUCAGAGCAUCAAGCAACGGGGUAAGAAUUAAGACUUGGCAAGGAGGAUAUGGUGCAGUAUCAGGGGUGACAUUUGAUAACAUACGAAUGGAUACUGUGCGAAACCCCAUAAUGAUUGAUCAAUUCUACUGCCUUGGUAAAGGAUGCAACAACCAAAGUUCGGCUGUCUUAGUGACUGAUAUAUUGUACUCUGGCCUAAAAGGCACUUAUGAUGUUAGAAGCCCUCCUAUGCACUUUGGCUGCAGUGAUGCUGUCCCUUGUUCAAACAUUACACUCACUGAUAUUGAGCUUCUUCCUGCUGUUGGUGAAAUGGUGUUAGACCCUUUCUGCUGGAAUGUUUAUGGGAGCUUAGACUCGCUUACCAUUCCUCCUGUGUCCUGCUUGCAAGAGGGUAUCCCGCCUCAACCUCUCUUGGCAAGUGGCAUCGACCAUUGCUGACUGCUCACCUCGUCGUUACUUUGGUUUACAUCAACGUUAAAUUGUAUAUAACCUUUUUCAUUGUUACACCAUUUGAUUGGUGCAUUAUGAUGCUCAGUUUCUAUUCGAGAAGAAGCAUAUUUUUAGUCUUCUUCUGAUGUAAUAGUGAUACGGUUUUCUGUUAUGCAAUGGUAGUUGUGAGGCUUUAA